AUGAUUCUCGGGUUGUUUUGGCAACAGGAGUCUCUCACUGACACACGAGGCGCGUAGGUGGAGUAUGCGCGCGCAUGUGUGUGCGGGAGACAGCGCGCGCCGUCUCGUGAUCUCCUUCAGCCGCGGGUUGUUCCUCCUGGUCGGACUCUCCUCACCACGCAGCGCGCGCACAGGUGAGGGGAAAGUGUAAGGGGGAGGGGUGAGUGGGUGAGGAGGAGCCUGACUCACUCACGCACGCGCUCUCUGUCCCUCACGCAGACACGCGCGCGGCGCGGCGGUGAGCAGAGCGCAGUAAUUUGGUGCCGCCGGUGCGGAGCAGUUUCAUCCCGCGUUUCUGCGGUGCGUGGAAGCUGAACCGCGCGUGAUAUCUGCUCUUCAUCCUCCUCCUCUCCCUCGCGCUCAUCAUCGGGCUCGUGCCGGACCAUGGCAUCGGUGCGGGACGCGGGCUGGGUGGGUUUUUCACGCCGCCUCAAACGGAAUGUGCGCGGCUGCUGCGGGAGUUAAAGGAGUGGAUCCUGUCUUUGUUUCUGGAAUCCUGGAAGGGUCCUGGAAGGGUCCUGGAAUGAUGGUGAGGAUGAUGCUGGAGCAACAAGCGUGCGGCGGCUCCGCGCACACUUUGCGGUGAUAUUGCGCUGCUGAACGCGGACUGUUGCGCCAGUUUGCGGGAUUCUGCGCUCAGACUUCCCCACCAGGAAUGAACUUGUCUGUGGGAAUUCUCUCUCUCUGCUGAGAAGCGGCUCUUCUUUGCGUGGCUGUGCGUUUUCCCGGUCGGAGCGCUGAGGUUGGUGCGCAGGGGCGGAGGGAGCGGAUCCAGGGCCAUGGGCCGCCAGGCCAGCCGGCCCCCCCGGCUGCUCCGGAUGCUGUGGCUGCUGCCGGCUCUGCUGGACGCAGCCGGAUCCCAGGAGAUCUACGCGCCGCACUCCAUCCGGGUGGAGGGCGACGUGACACUGGGGGGGCUGUUCCCGGUGCACGGCCGCGGCGCCCCGGGCACGCCCUGCGGCGACAUCAAGAAGGAGAACGGCAUCCACCGGCUGGAGGCCAUGAUGUACGCGCUGGACCAGAUCAACGGAGACGAGGAGCUGCUGCCCAACGUGACGCUGGGCGCGCGCGUGCUGGACACCUGCUCCCGGGACACCUACGCCCUGGAGCAGUCGCUCACCUUCGUGCAGGCGCUGAUCCAGAAGGACACGUCCGACGUGCGCUGCACCAACGGCGAGCCGCCCGUGUUCGUGAAGCCGGAGAAAGUGGUGGGAGUGAUCGGCGCGUCGGCCAGCUCCGUGUCCAUCAUGGUGGCCAACAUCCUGCGCCUGUUCCAGAUCCCUCAGAUCAGCUACGCAUCCACGGCCCCGGAGCUGAGCGACGACCGCCGCUACGACUUCUUCUCGCGCGUGGUUCCUCCAGACAGCUUCCAGGCGCAGGCCAUGGUGGACAUCGUUAAGGCCAUGGGCUGGAACUACGUCUCCACGGUGGCGUCGGAGGGCAGCUACGGCGAGAAGGGGGUGGAGGCCUUCAUGCAGCUCUCCAGAGAGGCAGGUGGAAUCUGCAUCGCUCAGUCCCUGAAGAUUCCCCACGAACACAAACCGUCGGACUUUGACAAAAUCAUCCGGCAGCUGCUGGACACCCGCUACGCCAGAACCGUGGUUCUCUUCGCCUCCGACGAGGACAUCAGAGGAAUCCUGAACGCCUCGAAGCGGGCCGAUCAGGUCGGACACUUCCUGUGGAUCGGCUCCGACAGCUGGGGGUCCAAGAACAGCCCCAUCCACCAGCUGGAGGACGCCGCCGUGGGCGCCAUCACCAUCCUGCCCAAGAGGGCCACCAUCAGCGGCUUCGACGCCUACUUCAUGUCGCGGACCCUGGAGAACAACCGGAGGAACGUCUGGUUCGCCGAGUACUGGGAGGAGAACUUCAACUGCAAGCUGAUGAGCUCCUCCAAGAAGGACGACAGCAGCAGGAAGUGCACAGGUCAGGAGCGGAUCGGCGUCGACUCCAAGUACGAGCAGGAGGGCAAGGUGCAGUUUGUGAUCGACGCCGUGUACGCCAUGGCGCACGCGCUGCACAACAUGCAGCGGGACCUGUGUCCCGACGUGUCGGGCAUCUGCCUGGAGAUGGAGCUGGCCGGCGGGAAGAAACUGCUCAAGUACAUCCGCAGCGUCAGCUUCAACGGAAGUGCUGGCACUUCGGUGACGUUCAACAGAAAUGGCGACGCUCCGGGUCGCUACGACCUGUUCCAGUACCAGCGGAGCAACGGAACCGGGUCGGUAUACAGAGCGGUGGGACAGUGGACCGAGACGCUGCAGCUCAAUAUGGAGGACCUGCGGUGGCCCCGGGGCGAGCAGGACGUCCCCAUCUCGGUGUGCAGCCUGCCCUGCAGGGCCGGGGAGAGGAAGAAGGUGGUGAAGGGCAUGCCGUGCUGCUGGCACUGCGAGCCCUGCGACGGAUACCAGUUCCAGGCCGACGAGUUCAGCUGCAAGCUCUGCGCCUACAACAUGCGGCCCGGCGCCAACCGGACCUCCUGCCGGCCCAUACCCAUCAUCAAGCUGGAGUGGCACUCGCCCUGGGCUGUCAUCCCCGUGUUGCUGGCCAUGCUGGGCAUCAUCGCCACCAUCUUCGUCAUGGCGACCUUCGUGCGCUACAACGACACGCCGAUCGUCCGGGCGUCGGGCCGGGAGCUGAGCUACGUCCUCCUGACCGGAAUAUUCCUGUGCUACAUCAUCACCUUCCUGAUGAUCGCCAAGCCGGACGUGGGCGUGUGCUCGUUCCGGCGGAUCUUCCUGGGUCUGGGGAUGUGCAUCAGCUACGCCGCGCUGCUCACCAAGACCAACCGCAUCUACCGCAUCUUCGAGCAGGGCAAGAAGUCUGUGACAACGCCGCGGCUGAUCAGCCCCACCUCCCAGCUGGCCAUCGCCUUCAGCCUCAUCUCCGUGCAGCUGCUGGGGGUUCUGGUCUGGUUCGGGGUGGACCCGCCCAACACCGUGGUGGACUUCGACGAGCAGAGGACCAUCGACCCCGAGCUGGCGCGGGGCGUGUUGAAAUGUGACAUCACGGAUCUGCAGAUCAUCUGCUCGUUGGGAUACAGCAUCUUGCUGAUGGUGACGUGUACUGUUUACGCCAUCAAGACCCGGGGCGUCCCGGAGAACUUUAACGAGGCCAAGCCCAUCGGCUUCACCAUGUACACCACCUGCAUCGUGUGGCUGGCCUUCAUCCCCAUCUUCUUCGGCACGGCUCAGUCUGCAGAGAAGCUCUACAUCCAGACCUCCACCCUCACCGUCUCCAUGAACCUGAGCGCCUCCGUCGCCCUCGGCCUGCUCUACGUGCCCAAGGUCUACGUCAUCAUCUUCCACCCGGAGCUCAACGUCCAGAAGAGGAAGCGCUCCUUCAAGGCCGUGGUCACCGCCGCCACCAUGUCGUCCCGGCUGUCCCACAAGGCCGCCGACCGGCCCAACGGCGAGGCCAAGACGGAGCUGUGCGAGAACCUGGAGCCCAACAGUCCAGCAGCGAAGACCAAGUACGUGAGCUACAACGACGUUGUGAUCUAACUCCAUCCUCCAUCUGCAAGCGGUCUGCUGGUCCGAUCCUCUUCAGCCGGGGAAACGGGCCGCCGGUUCUGUUCUGAUCCACCGGAUCCGCUUUCCUCUGAGCGUGGACUCAUGGGACGGAGGCGUCUGACCUGACGGAGGGUCGGCGUCGAACCCGGAGCGUUCUGGAGGCUGAUCCAUCUGUCGCUCUCUUUCAUCGGACCCGUCCUUCGGUUCUGCUCGUUCUGGUGCCGGGAUGACUCUGGCCCCGCUGGCAGAUCCAUUCUGCUUCCUGGAUGAACAUCUUGUUGUUUUCUUUGUGUUUAUUGAAGCCAUGUUUGGGUUCACACCUGCAGUGCUGAGCUCAUGCUGCCACCUGGAGGCUGGAGGAUGAAACCCGUUCAGAACCAGUGGAACCGGUCCGCUGGUUCUGAACUGAGACUGAGGCGCGCGGUGAACACACCACCACCUUCACAGCUUCAUGUAAUUAUCGAUGGUGCAUGUUUUAUUUGGUUUGCAGGUCCAUGUUCGUGCUCUAACUUUGGGAACUCCACAUCCCAGAAGGCUUUGCAGGAUUGUGGGAGGAGCUGUGAGAGGAAGUAGCAGCUGUGAUGUGCCAGUGCUGUCGUUUGCGUGUGCGUCCGUUCCCAUCCUGUCCGGUUCCCAGCUUGUGUUUGCGGUUCCUCCGUCUGUGGCUCUUUGUGUUUCUGUGGCGGAUCUGAGGCGAUGGUUUCUGUUAAUGUGCCUGUUCUGCAUGUCCAGUCCGACCCGCCCGACCUCCAGAGACCCGAAGCGUCUCCAGUUUACAGUGGUGGGCACACUUAUGCUAACAUGCUAAUGCGCUAGCAGCAGAGCUAGUUUUUUGUUUGGUGCAGGUGUGUCCAAACGUGUUGUCAUGUGCGUCAAAAGCUAAGAACAUUGUUAAAAAAUAAAGCUGGGGUUUAUUGUUGGCUGAGUUUUGGUAGAGGAAAAACUUGUUUGCUUUAUGGAGAGAAAAGCACAUUGUUUAUUGUUAGCUCUGGAAACAGGAUUUGGAUUGCUUUCUUUCAAAACGCUGGCGAUGUUUUGCCAGGUUUACUAAGAUUACUUUUCACUGGAUAAAUAUGGUUGUACUUAUUUUAAAACACAUGAGUACUUUACAUUUUCCUUUGUAAUACUUAUAAUAUAAAUGUCAGUAAUAAUUUUACCCAAAUUAAAAUUAAAAGUCUCCCUCUGUAUGAACCACCGGUGCCGGAUGGGCCCCAUUUAUAUGAUUGUUGAAUUGAAUUCGUCACCCACAAAAAAUCUGUCCGCUUUGGACACAAAGUAGUUCAUUUGGUCCCCAAAGAUUUUCUUCUGGGCCCCCAGGGAUUACAAUAAAA